AUGGCCACCUCUAGUUCUACCCCUGGCUCUCCACGCGGCACCCCAACUAGUGACACCGCCACUACUAUGGUCACUCCACCUAUUCCGCCGGUUAAGCCUGACUUUCAUCCGGCCCUUGCUGUGACUAACAUCAAAAACAACAUCCCUUUCAAACUCGAGCUCGACAAGGAUCAUUAUGCUUUGUGGGCUGAGUUGUUUGAAACUCAUGCUCACGCUACUCAGGUGCUCCACCACAUCAUUCCUCAAGUUGGCAUGGAGCCUCCUACGCGCACCGAUGCUUCCUAUGCCCGGUGGGCCACUCUUGACUCUACUGUCAAACAGUGGAUUUAUUCCACCAUCUCCUUUGACCUUCUCGCCACUGUUAUGGAGAAAGGUUCUACUGCUAUGGCUACUUGGAACCGUAUAGCUUCUAUGUUUGAGGACAAUCAGAACUCCCGUGCUGUCGCCCUCGACCAGGAUUUCAUCUCCACUCGCAUGGAGGAUUUUCCUAAUGUUUCGGCCUAUUGUCAACGUCUGAAACAUAUCUCUGAUCAGUUGAGGAAUGUUGGUGCCCCUGUUAGUGAUCAUCGUCUUGUUCUCCAGUUGGUCUCUGGUCUCACUGAGCCUUUCCGUGGUGUUGCCACCCUGAUCCGUCAGAGUGAGCCUUUGCCUCCUUUCCUCAAGGUCCGCUCCAUGUUGAUUCUAGAGGAAUCUGGUCUCGCCAGGAUGUCAGGUCCGGCCUCUCAGACUGCUUUGCACACCUCUGCUUCCCGUCCACCGGCCUCCGUUGACUCCUCUCAGCAGCGCCCCACCUACCGCAGCGAUCAGGGCCACUCCAACCAUCGUUAUGGGUCAGGGCAAAAUCGCAAUUAUCAGGGUGGUUCUGGUAAACCUAGGAAGAAAGGUGGCUCCCGUUAUCCUGGAUCAUCUGGCUCCUCUGGUUCCUCUGCUGCAUCCCCUCCACCCUGGCGCCCACCACCGCAGGCAUCCUGGAAUCCAUGGGGUUGGGCUCCUCCCCCUGGUUGGGCUCCUUCCCCUUGGGGCAUGCCUCCUUGUCCUUACCCCACAUCUCAGUGGUCGCGUCCCAUGGGUGUUCCGCAGCAACCCGGCGUUUUAGGUCCGCGUCCUCAGGCCUACACCGCUACUGCUUCUCCAGCACCCACUGAUAUCGCUGCUGCCAUGCACACCAUGUCCUUGACUCCUCCAGACACCACGUGGUACAUGGACACUGGCGCCUCGUCCCAUACUGCGGCAUCUCAAGAAACUGCUAGUUGGUAG